AUGUCAAGAGUCACUAUCAGUACUACUACUGCACCAUCGUACAUUUGUCCCACUGCAGCCAAUGCCAUCAUUGCCGAGAUUGGACCCUACCAAGUAGCCGCCGAUGCAUUGCAGGCCAUCAACCAAUUCCUUGAUGAGUUCCUUGGGUUGCUGCUGUCGUCCUCAUUAUCGCUUGACUUGUCACGUAUCAAAACGGUUGUAUUCACACUCCUACCCUCGACCUUGGGCAAGAACGCCAUUGUAGAAGCCGAGCUUGAAGUCAAAACGUUUACCGAGACCGAAGUGAUCAACUAUGAAGUGUAUGAGCACAUGCGUAACCUUGGCACCAACGGCAACCCUUUUCCACUUGAUGAAGCUUUACCAGCAUUACGUGAACGAUGCGUCGAGUUUUGUACCUUGGCCAUUGAAAGACCACCUGAGGAGGAUCUUCUUCAACAACCUACAACAACCAAUCAAGGCACCGUGAUCAUUGUGCCUAUUGUUGCCAUUUACGUGACCACCGUAUUGGAGCAUGUAGCCGAGUACGUGUUAACGGCCAUUGCAAUGACAGCAGAGCAUGAAGACACCAAGACGAUCCGAAUCAAAGAAGUGUUUUUGGCAUUGAUCGAUGAUGUUCAAGUGGGUGGCGUAUUCUAUCGCAUGGUGCUUCGAGAGAAGUUAGAGAAACGAGCCUAUACUUAUGGAUACAUGCCAAGGGUGAUGACCCCAGUAUCGUUUUCGGCACCUAAACAUUCUUCGUCCACUGCUGGAAGCAUCCAUACCGGAUUCCUGGAUAUCAGCUUUGAUGAUUUGGAAUUUGACCGUGAGGACAGCGAUUAUUACGCCUUGAGACCUGCAUCUUUGAUGAGCAGCAGUGUCAGCAGUACCACGUUUACCUCAUCUUCAGCGGUUGGUCUUAACAACAAGAAAAAGACGCACAAGGUCUUGAGAAAGGAGGAUGAAGAGCCAUUGUUUGUUUCCAACAAAUCAGCAGCAUCCGUGUAUGAUCCAGAUGCAACAGCGCCCACAACAAUGAACUUUGAGGAUAUGAUACGUUCGGGUGAUACCGUCAAAGUGACCUUGACACCAAAUCGAUUACGCUCCAUUGAAGUGAAGAACCAAAUGGCCGAUGAGGAUCCACCAGCACCCACUUGGGAGCGUCGUUCGGCAGCAAGUUUGGCAUCACGUAGCAGCAGGUCUGCUUUGAGAUCCACAUCACCCACUCCUUCCUCUUCUUCAACUGCUGCUGUUGCUAUGCAACCACGACCACCACCACCUACUCCAUCAUCUCGUGAAUUGCAUAAAAAGCCGUCCUCCUCCUCUAUUACGACGACUACUACUGCACCAUUACCAUCACCACCUACAACUUCACGUUCUUCUCCUUUUGUUGCACCUAAAAAGCCUGCACCUGCACCUGCACUUCCUACACCACCAGGUCCAUCCCCUUCAGUAUCAACACCUUCAGUGACUGUGACACCUUCGGUAUCUACACCUUCGAUAUCAUUGACACCAGCCCCUGCUCCUCCUGUUGUUACUACACCACAGCCACCCUCGCCACCACCUGGUCCUACCACAACCACAACAACCACAACAACAUCGUCAUGUGAGCUUGAUCGCCAACAUGAAGAACCUAUCAAGGAGGAGGAAAAGAAGCAGCCACUUAAAAACGAUAUCAAACCAAUUUCACCACCACCUUCCUCACCUGUUACCAAGCAUUCUGAAAUCAGCAUUAACAGCGACAGUGGUAGUGAUAAUACCAUAACAACGAUAGCAGCAACAGCCGAUCGUAGUAACAACAACAACAACAACACCAGCAGUAACAACAGUGAUAAUGAUGAUGAUGAUGAGAAAUCAACGACAACAACAGCCAAGCCGCCUUCGCCUCGAGAUAGUGUGGCAUCCUUCUCAUCCACCAAGUCAUCUUCACCAUGCAAUAGUGUUGUAUCCUUAUCAUCCACAUCCACAUCAUCAACCGGUUUUAUGAGUGCUGUUACUGCUCAAGAAGAACAAAGUGGUGAAUCAGACAACAAUGGAUCCACUGUGGCUGUUACUGUUACUACUACUACCAGUACACCUAUUCCACGACAACCUCCCAUUCGUCAGCGCAAGGUAUCUCGUGGCAGCAAGGCUUGGGAAAGUAUUGAAGAGAAUGCCAUUACCCCUGCAGCUGCAGCACGUCGUCGACUUGUACGACAAAGCCGAGAAUCCAUCGCAUCCAAUACGAGUGGUGGCAUGAUGAUGGAUGAGCAGCAGCAGCAACAGCAACAACCACAAUUGCAACAACCGCAUAAUCCUCCCAAAGCUACUCCUCAACCUCGACCUUUGAGUAGUGUGUUGGAUAAGGUGAUGCAUUUCGAACGUUCCAUGGAUGAAUUUGCAGCACAACAACAUCAUAGACAACAUCGAGCAUCCGCUUAUUAUCCACGCCGUGAACGUUUCUUGUAUCUUCAACGUGAACCGGAAGCUGCAGCACCUCCUCGUCGUCCUUUACGUCGUCGUCCUGUAACUACAGCAGCCGUUGAUGUCUCUGUUCAAACCACCAUCCAUGAGAAUGAUGAUGUGGAUGAUGCGACACGUGAAAUGGAAUGUGCUGUGGUUGGAUGGUUAUUAGGUGAAGCAUAA